CGCGAAACAAUAGCAGGAGUCGCACGCACAUGGUAACGAAUAGCCGUCUAGCCCACGGGAGUGAGGCUAGCACAAAAUGGCCUGGCCAUGCAUGCGGGUCUUCGAUUCUGUAGCGCGGCGCCUCUCCAACAUGAGGAGGGAGGAGGAGCGAUGACGCAGCGGGCGUGGCUUGUUUGCUUUCCUUAUCAUGGGCACCCGGUCAGCCAUUGUAGAGGGAAAGUGGGAAGAGAACACGAGCUAUCUGUGAAACUUGAGACCCAAUCGUCACCCCCUUGUAUUCUCCCGACUAAGUCCUGCCUGUGGCAUUAGUUGAGAAUAAACAUCGUGAUUCACCAUGACUUCCCUCGGGCCUUCCCUCAAGGAGUCUACCAAGAACAUCAGCUCCGAGUUCUCUUGGACUAAGAGCAACUUGCCGAAGAAACUCUUCAUCAACAAUGAGUACGUCGACAGCAAACACCCCAAGAAGCUCGAGCUCCACAACCCCAAGGACGGCUCCCUGGUAGCCAACGAUGUCUCCCUAGCGGGUGAGCAGGACGUCGACGCGGCCGUUGCAGCGGCCGAGGCGGCGUUCCCGGCCUGGCGCAAGACGCUGCCCAACGUCCGGCGCGACUGCAUGCUCAAGCUGGCGGACCUGAUCGAGCAGAACGGCAAGGCGCUGGCGGAGCUGACCCGGGAGACGCUGGGCGCGCCCUUUGGCUCGUUCGGCUCGUUCGAGAUCAACAUGGCGGCCGAGGGCUUCCGCUACUUCGCCGGUUGGACGGACAAGUUCGCGGGCGAGACGUACCCGCAGGAGGACGGCUUCCUCAAGAUUGUGCGCAACGAGCCCCUCGGCGUCACCUGCGGCAUCAUCCCGUGGAACGGCCCUCUGGCCAACGUCGGCAUGAAGGCCGGCCCCGCCCUCAGCACGGGCAACUGCUUCAUCCUCAAGCCGUCCGAGAAGACGCCCUUCGCGGCCCUCGCGCUGGGCACCCUCAUCCGCGAGGCCGGCUUCCCGCCGGGCGUGUUCCAGGUCAUCUCGGGCGACGGCACCACGGGCGCGCUGCUGGCCAGCCACAUGCGCGUCCGCAAGGUCAGCUUCACGGGCUCGACGUCGACGGGGCGGCGCAUCCAGGAGAUGGCGGCGCGCAGCAACCUCAAGCGGGUGACUCUCGAGCUCGGCGGCAAGAGCCCCGCCGUCGUGUUCGACGACUGCAACCUCGACAACGCCGUCGCGUGGUGCGCAAACGCAAUCACCGCCAACACGGGCCAGGUCUGCUUCGCCGCCAGCAGGGUCUACGUCCAGGAGGGCAUCUACAAGGAAUUCGUCGCAAAGUACAAGCAGGCCAUGAAGGACAAGGCCGCGGCCGUCGGCGACCCGGACGCGGCCACCACCACCAUCGGGCCCCUCGUCGACAAGAUGCAGUUCGACCGCGUGUCGGGCUUCAUUGAGCGCGGCCGCAGCCAGGGCAAUCUGCUCGUGGGAGGAGAGAAGGUGGGAGGCAAGGGCUACUACGUGCAGCCGACGGUAUUCGAGAACGUGGCGCACGACGCCGAGAUUAGCCAGGAGGAGAUCUUCGGCCCCGUGGCGGUGCUCAACAGCUUCCGGACAGAGGAGGAGAUCGUGGCGCUGGCCAACGACAGCGAGUACGGGCUGAUGGCGGGCGUGUUCACGCAGGACGUCAACCGGGCGAUGCGCCUGGCCGCCGAGCUCGACAGUGGCAUGGUCGGCGUCAACUGCGUCAGCAUGGCCUUCCUGCAGGCCCCCUUUGGCGGCAACAAGCAGAGCGGUAUCGGCCGCGAGAAUGCUAUUAAUGCCCUCCGCAUGUUCACCGAGCCUAAGACGGUGUUUAUCAACCUGACGUAUUAGGG